AGCAUUCAGGGCAGGCACUUCUAGGCUUUGCAAGGAAAGAGACUACCAGCCUCUCCUACUGGUGGCUUUGAUCCAUGGACUACAUACAAUUUGAAUCUCCUCUAGAUUUGUUUUCACGCACUAAGAAGUCUACCUAGUAAUUCUAAGUAGUUGUACUCUUAGAAGAAACAACCACUAAGUCUACCUUUUGUUUUCACGCACUAAGAAAGUCUACCUAGUAAUUGAUUCCAAGUGGUACAACCAGUGUAGUUUGUACUCUUAGAAGAAGAACAAAAAAUGACGUCUGGAGACAGCGAGCUUCGUAUCGGCAAGCACAAGGGGAAGAAGUACUCCGAAGUGUUUGAUACGCAGCAGGACUAUGUUCGUUGGGCGAUGAAAAUCGAAGAGCCCUCAGGCGCCAUGCUCGACUUCGUCAACUAUUGCAAGGAGCGCAAGGGCGGAGGCGGCGGUGGAGCUGCUGCUGCGAAUGCACCAGGCAAUAAUAAUUAUGCUGCACCAUCACAAGCGAGCAGUGGAGGCUACGGUGGCCAGGCUCCUGGAGGACAGUACCAAGGAGCACCUGGCAACAAUCCGGCUUAUGGCGGUGCACGCCCAGGUGGAUUUGGCGGGAACAUGACUUUUGGUGGAGCAUCUGCCUCUCAGGCAUCUUCAACACAAAUGAGCACUGGAUUUGGAGGAGGUUUUGGAGGUUCUGGAGGAGGUUCCAAUAUUAUGAUGAACAAUUUUGGCGGUGGUGGUUUUGGACAGUUCGGUGGGCCCACAUCGAUGGGAGUUUUGCAGCCAUGGGCUUCUGGCGGUGCUGGUGGUGUAAAUACCACAGGAAACUUUGGAGGUGCUACAGCAGGAAAUGCCGCUGGUCAGAAUAACUGGAAUGGGAGGGUCACCCAACUUUCCGGCGAAGUCUCCCUAGAACUAACGGCGCACCACCUUGUGGCUUUGAAUUAUGACUGAACAUCACUUCGUUGCGGUUUCUUCCCGAGCUGUUUUGAUACCACCCGCUAUGAUUUCAUGACACUUUCAGAUUUGUAACCUGGACGUUCUUGUUGCAUCUGUACUUGAUCACAUCUUUAUCGUCUUCCUCUUCAAGUCGACUUCUGCGAAUGUAAGUACUACUUCUCUUUGUGUGACUUGGGACGAUCUGCCGGAGUGGAGGUGUCACCUUGUGCGGCGACGACGCCGGGGCAUCCUAUCCCUAUCCCUAUCCCUAUCCCUAUCCCUAUCCCUAUCCCUAUCCCUAUCCCUAUCCCUAUCCCUAUCCCCAUCCUAUCCUGUAUCCUACAGCACAUCCUCCAUGCAGGUCUAACUUGUAUUAGGCGGCUUCGAAGGCACGGACACGUAUGGGAAGUUGAGGAAUAUCAUGCCAGACGUGCAGAUGCAUCCGAAUAGCAAGAGCUGUCUCCAGUGGCCCUUCGAUCAGAAGGAGGAACUCCUACGCAGACUAAAUCAGCAGUUCAAGCAGCCAGACGGCAGCCAAGAAGAAAACAUACCAGGGUGGAUUUUGAAUUACGGCGAACAACUGGAUGCUUGGUAUAGUUGAGCAGAGGUAAGGUCCCAGCACUGAAUGCCUUGGUAUAGUUGAGUAGAGGCUUUCUUUCGAUGUCAUCUGCAUAUAUAUUGCAGGUAGUCAAAAACAUGCCAGAUACAACUAGUUCAUUCAAGACAGAUGAUUCAUGAUUCUUAAUGCCAUCUCUCUAAGUAAAGCUCAGAGAGUACAUCGAGAGGAAGAAGCAAGCCGUUUCAACGAUGGGCACCGUAGACGGGCAAGUGUUCGUGCAUUUGCGCCCUUUCCAAGCCCAGGGUGUAGAAUUCGCUAUCCGGAACCGAGGUCGGUGCAUCAUAGGAGACGAGAUGGGAUGUGGGAAAACAGUAAUACUAUACAGUAAUACUACAUAGGUCGGUGCAUCAUAGGAGACGAAAUGGGAUGUGGGAAAACAGUAAUACUAUAGGUAUACAGUAAUACUACAUGGAGCUUUUUACAAGCUUUUAGUACCAAUUAGUAAGCAUGCAUGGGUUUUUCUCAUAAGUUCUUGGUACACAUAUUUCCUCCAGCACGGCCUACAGUUCGUUGCAACUCCAUGAAGUUUACGAUUAUCCACUCGUUUUGCUUUAUUCAUUACGCAUAUUAGAUACACGAUCCAUGACUCAUAUUUGAUAAACAGGUGCAAGCUCUUGCAGUGGCCUGGUACUACAGAGGCGAAAAAGACUGCUGGCCUGUCGUAAUUGUGUGCCCGAGUACUCUUCGGACCGUGUGGGCUGAUGAAAUAGAAAAGUGGGUGACUGAACCUAGUCGCGAAGCCAGAGGGAAGUUACCGAAAGUGCAAGUCAUAAACAAAGGCGCUGAUAAACUGCAGGCGGACGCCGAUUUCGUUGUUGUGUCCUACAACAUCGUAGCCAGCAAAGCGAACCUGCAGAAACGUCAUGAUGGAAGGCCGUACUGAACUGCUUUGCUUGAUGUUGUUACAGCAUGCUUGUUGAUGGGGUAUGAUAAUUCGGGCCGACGUAACACGACUACCGGUGGCGGGGUGCAGAUCGUCGCGAUUUUGGGCCCUUUCGCUGGUCACACACACCUGGCGCCGCGCUGCGGAAUGGGCCCCGGUAUGGCUGGGCAGCAGCAGGGCGCUUUGGUCGGAUAAGCUGCCGGCAAGCGGCGUCGCACUCCCUGGGACACUCAGUCGAAAGCGCAGGGGACUGGCGACGCAGCUCGAAGCCCAGCGCGGAGCCUAUCUGGACGACCACAGCCGCGCGCGCCCUUUGCGGUGGAUUUGUGCGCGCCUGUUCGCGCCCAGCGUGUGAACGAGAGCACACGCACGGCCGCCGGGAUAAGACGCGCAAGAACAUGACAGGCACAGCGGGAUCCUUAUCGGUAUAUUGGCAAAGCCUCCAAAGCCAUGACCCGCGGAGACUAUGCCUGAGGUGGGGCUUUGUGGGCCGCGCCUCUCUCGCUUAUGCGCUUACAAGCCAGGGCCGGCCAAAGCUCCUGAGGGAGCAGGCCUAUUUGUCGAGUUCGAGGCAGCAGGCUCGGGCGUGCUCGCUUUGGUGGCGUGAGUUGGCCGCUGCGGCGGCCGCGUCGGUCUCUUUCAUUCUUUCUGGCUCUUGUGCUUUGGCUUUCUCUGUGGUGGUUCUUUCUUUCGUUGGGAGGCGCGUCCGUGCUGCGUCGUUUCGUCUGCUAUGUCACUCCCUUGCUUCGGUAGCUAGUGCUUGAUACAUAGAAAGGCCAACGGGUGUGGGUCGGUUGCUUGGGUUAUACAUAGUUUGUUAGAAAUAGAAGACGGAGAAAAUCGGCCCGACCACUCAGUUCGCCGUGUAUGCAGUGCCCGUAAAUACUGGGUAUAUCAUCACCAUCUCGUGGAAAAGCAUAGGGUUACUUUGUUGUCCAGUACUUAUCUCAUCCUCCUGUAUUUCAUCGCUAGGUACGGCAUGCUGAUCUCGGACGAGUCGCACUACAUCAAAGAUCCUAAGAGCAAGCGAGCACAGGCCGUCAUCAGGAUGGCGAAAGACGCAGAUAAGUGCGUUCUUUUGAGUGGAACGCCAGCGCUCAACCGUGCGAGCGAACUCUAUAGUUUGCUCGACAUUGUGCUGCCAAAAAAUAGUUAAGGCUGAUAAAUCGUCAUAUUAUUUAACAUUAUACGUAGAUGGUUCUUUAUGUAAAAAAAAGACGCAGACUACAAAAAAUUACCCCGGGGCUCGGUGAUGGAAGAAGAAUCAGGAAGUUUCCAAUCUCACUCAGUUCAGAAUGAAGAAACACUUGUCAUACUCCAACCGCUGUUCUAAUUUUUCAUUCCUUCCCAAUCCCAAACGGGGUAUCUAUUUCAAAUUUCAAGCGCCUUAUUAGAUUCUCUAAUUUCCCAUCCCUUCCCAAACUGGGUAUCUGAAGCGUUUUGCGAUAAAGCGAGAGCAGUUUUUCCACGGUCGCGCUGUUGUGCAGUGGACGGGCGCCAAGAGAGCUGAGGAGCUCCACUACCUGCUGCAGAGCUGCAUGAUCCGACGCCUGAAAAAGGACGUUCUAUCCCAAUUACCACCAAAAACACGCAUGCGAACCAGAUUAGCGGAACAAGACCUGGACAAAACCAAAAUGUUAUGCUCUGGGAGAAUGUGGAAGCAAGUCCUCUAAGAUGCUCUGGGAGAAUGUCCUCUAAGAUGCUCUUGUGCAAGAUUCAUUGCAUUGUAUUGGAAUGGAGUUUUUGUUGUGCCACUACUUGGGUUUCAAUUCGAACGAUAUUUUGUAUCUUUCUGUAGCUUUACGUACUUGUUACGCAUGAUCAAGCAGAAAUAGGGAGUACUACACCUUGUGUGAGACGAGGGAAAGGCAUCCUAUCCUAUCCUAGUAGGGAAGUGACAACCUCCUCCUACCCUGUCUUCGAUUUGUUACGCAUGAUCAAGCAGAAAUAGGGAACGGGAAGUGACAACCUCCUACCCUUCAUAUCGAAAGGAGUUAUCCUCCCUUGUCGAGGAGCAAGCAGAGCAAGUGGAUCGCAUGAUGACGUCUGCUGAAAAUGGCGGUCCGCCACCUGGAGGACAAAUGACGAAAAUGUUCCAGAUCACUGGCGAGGCAAAAAUUCCAGCGAUCAAUGGCGUUGUGGCUCAGUUGGUCGAAGACAGCCCGGAUGACAAAAAGUUUCUCAUCUUCGCACAUCACCGAAAGGUAGUGAAAACGUUUAUCCUGUGUUUAUUCGACUCUAGUUGCUGGACAAGAUCAGGAUCAGUAGAUUAUCAACAUCUGGGUUACCACUUUAUAACUAUAUAUUAUGCUGUUCUUUUUUUUACAAAUCUGUGGUACGCAUAGAGUGAAUUCUUUAAGAAAUCGAAAAACUUGUGAUGAAAUGUUCUCCAAGCAUGUUGCCAGGUCCUCGACAGUGUCGAUGAGAAGUUGCGCGACUUGAAAAUGGGUUUUAUCAGAAUCGAUGGCGCAACGCCUCAGGAUCAAAGAGGCACCUUGGUUCUUAAGGCAACCAAGAGAGAGCAUCCCCAACAUCAUCCUUGGCUAUUUUUCAAAGGGGGAAAUUAGUAAGCCAAGGGCGUUGCCAGGGAUGCGAACGCGGUACUAGGUCUAAGGUUCACGAGUUCCAGAACAACCCUGCUGUUCGAUUUGCCGUUCUCAGUAUCACUGCUUGUGGCGUGGGACUCACGCUCACGGCUAGCGAUCACGUCGUCUUCGCUGAAUUAUACUGGGUGCCAGGGCAGAUGAUCCAAGCCGAAGACCGGGUUCACCGCAUCGGACAGGAAAACGCCGUGACUAUUCAUUAUGGAGUAUUACAUCCCAAUAUCUUUGCACCGUCUACUCAGUUUUUUAGCCUAUUUGUCUCUCUCUCACCCCUCUCCCACACCUCUCUCAAAGCCUAUUUGACUCUCACACCUCUCUCGCCUCUCUAACUCGGAUACUUGAUCGCGCCAAACACGGUGGACGACCAGAUGUACAAGAUCUUGGACGGCAAGCGCAAGGACACAACUGCGGUUUUGGACGGAAAGAAGCAAGGAAUGCAGUGCGUGGAUGAAGACGAUAGAGGCUACGAUGGAUACGAGGCCAAGAGACAGAGGGUAAUGUGA